AUGGCAAUUACCACGACGAAGCAAUGGAGGCUGCGCAAAAAGCCGUAUUCCACGCCGGUGUUGGAGGGAGAAGACUGCACCUUUGAGCUCGUGACUGCACCUCUUGAUGAGCUCCAGGACGGCCAGGUACUGCUCAAGACCGUCUACUUGAGCAACGACCCUGCACAGCGGUCGUGGAUAUCCCCCUUGAGCGACCCCGAGCGAUCGUACCUCCCACCUCUCGAGCCGGGCGACCCCAUGCGCGCAUUGGGGAUCGGCGAAGUUGUCGAGUCAACAAGCGAUGCUCUGCCGGCGGGGACUUUGGUCCUGGCCAGAACAGGUUGGUCAGAGUUCUCCGUCCACGACGCCGGAGGUCUCACGGCCAUUCGCGCGCCAGAGGGGCUGCGAGAGACUCACUUCCUCGGCGCCCUCGGCCUCCCUGGGUUUACCGCCUACUAUGCACUCACGCAGAUCGUGGACCUCGACAGGUCCGAUGUUCUGGUCGUGAGCGCGGCGGCAGGGGCGGUGGGGAGCAUGGUGGUGCAGAUUGCCAACAAGGUCCUCGGCUGCAAAAAGGUCAUCGGCCUCGCAGGAACGGAGGCGAAGUGCCGCUGGGUCGAAAGUCUGGGUGCCGACCUGUGCCUGAACUACAAGGCUCCGACCUUCCACGACGACCUGGUCCAUGCGACACACGGCUUCGUCGACGUUUUCUUUGACAACGUCGGCGGCGAGAUCCUCGACCUGAUGCUCAAGCGGAUGAACAAGUUCGGCCGCAUUGCGGCCUGCGGCACGAUCUCAAACUACAACCGCGACGCCGACAUUGCCGGACUGAAGAACUUUUACGAGGUCAUCAUGAUGAGGCUGAAGGUUCUCGGGUUCAUCAACAUCGACUGGCUCGACCACCUGGGAGAAGUCACCCAAGUCCUGGUCGAAGAGUGGCGGAAGGAGAAUCUCGUCAUUCGCGACGACAACGAAACAGUUGUCGACACGGUCUUCGAAGAUAUCCCAAAGACGUGGAUGAGGCUUUUUGAGGGACGGAAUACCGGCAAGCUGAUCACGAGGCUGACAGCGUCGUAG